ACUAUUUUCUCCCCCGCCCGCCGCCGCCACCACUCUCGAGACCUAACUAUCUUCCCCUCCAACCUCAACCACCAAUAUUCUCUAGAUCUAACCAUCUUCUCCUCCACCCUUCACCGCCGCCACCACUCUUUAGACCUAACAAUCUUCUCCUCCACCCUUUGCCGCCACCACCACUCUUUAGACCAAACAAUCUUCUCCUCCACCGCAACCACGAACAUUCUCUAGAUCUAACUAUCUUCUCCUCCACCCACUGCUGCCACCACCACUCUCUUGAUAUGUUUGCCCUCAUAAUUGUGAUCCAUCGUCUAUGUUUUCCUCUUAGUUCAGAUAUGUGGUAUUCCAAGGCACCUACGCAGUGCACCAUUCGCGUAUUCCCGACGAACCACAGUCGCUGCCCAAAUAUUAGGCCAUGCUCCAUUUACAUCUCGAACUAAGACAACGAGAUCCAAAGUCAAAGGAUUCUGCGGAAAUCUCAUUAUUCAAGUGCAGUAAGCGCGUUAAGAUGCCACUUUUGAAACAGAGAAGGCGAGGUCUAAAAUCCAAGGCUUCUACGAAAAUCUUAUUGUUCAAGUGCACUAAGUGCGUUAAGACUCCACUUUUGGAACGGAGAAAACGAGAUCUAAAAUCAAAGGCUUCCGUGAAAAUAUCAUUGUUCACGUGUAGUAAGUCCAUUAUGAUGCCACUUUUGGAGCGGAGAAGACAAAAUAUAGAAUCAAAGGCUUCUGCGAAAAUCUCAUUAUUGUUCAAGUACAGUAAGUGUGUUAAGGUACCACUUUUGGAACGGAGAAGAAGAGGUCUAAAUUCAAAGGCUUUCGUGAAAAUCGCAUUGUUCAAGUGUAGUAAGUGCUUUAAGAUGCCACUUUUGGAAUGGAGAAUAUGAUGUCUAAAGUCAAAGGAGAAAAAUCAGAGAUGGGAGGAAAACAUCAAAGAGGAGAAGGAAAGAGUGGGACGUAUAUAAGGAAAGUUGAACGAAAAAGAGGUGAAAUGAGAACCUUACGUUCUUUUUAAGUUUUUUCCGCACAAGGUCCUCAGACAAGUAAUCAUGGAAAAGAAAGGCAUGGCAAAACCAUUGAUGAGGAAGGCAGCAGAAUGAGCUGCAAUUACUGCGGUGAGGUGGUUUGUAGUUACAGCCGUCUAGAGGAACAUUUAGCAGGCUUCAGGGGCAAUGUUCGUCCAUGCAACCUAGUACCGGACAGUGUCAGGACAAGCUUAAGGAGUUCACUUGUGGAUCGCAAGAAAGAUCAGAUGCUCGGAAAGACGAAGAGACUGAAGCAAGAACAUGAUGAGGUUCCUCACACAAACCCAGCCCUUCAAUCUCCUCAAGUCCAGCAACCACAGCUACAACCAACUGUGUCCAAUAACAACCGCUGCUUUGUUCAUUAUCAACCGGAUCUGACGCAGGCCAAGGAAAUCACAUAUAGUUCUUGUCAACCGAAACCCAAGGUUGAGACAAGUGAUUACUUCGAUUCUCAGUUGGCAAAGUCAAUAGGCAAGUUCUUCUCCGAAGCUGCACCUGAGCCUGGUGUUCUCCAUUCAUCAUCUUUGAAGGAGAUGGUUGUGUUUUCCCAUGGGCCUGGGCCUGUAAUGCCUACGUACGAAGCUGUUCUGCAGGAGCAACUAAGAGAAACUGAGAACCGCGCAAAGGAACUCAAGCAAGAGUGGCAAACAAGUGGCUGCACUGUAAUUGUGCAUAGUUGGAAGAGCAAGUGUACCAAAAGCUUCGUAAGUGUCCUGGUGCACUGCAGCAAAGGUACGCUGUUCCUGAGAUCCAUUGACGUCUCUGAAAUCACUGAGGACUUUGAUGAGCUAGAAUCAAUGCUUUCUCGCGUGGUUGAAGAUGUUGGUGCUCAUAACAUUGUUCAGAUUGUCAUGAAUGACGUGUCACCCCAUAUGCAGAUGGCACGGCAGUAUGUGCUAAAUAAAUAUGAUUGUUUUUUCUUCACACUAUGUGCUGACCAUUGCAUCAACCUUCUGCUUGAGAAAAUAGCAGCGCUCGAGCAUGUCAGUGAAGUCCAAAUGAAGGCAAGGGAAAUUACAAGGUUUUUAUAUGACCAUGCACUGCCAAUGAAACUGAAAGGAAGGUAUGUUCAGGAGGAGAUUUUGAGCAGUUCUUAUUUAAAAUUUGUGGCAAUGUUCAUCACAUUAGAGAGGUUAGUUUCUGCAAGAGUAGAUCUGGUGCAGAUGUUAAACUCGCCUAAAUGGAUUUCCUCUGGUUGGGCUUGUCUUGAUUUGUUCAAGCGUAUCCAGAGCAUAGUAAAGACAGAUGAUGAAUUUUGGCAUGCUGCUGCAAAAGUCAUCAAGGUUACACACCCACUUGUCAGUGUGUUGUAUAAACUGGAAUAUGAUAUCUGUCCGAUGGGUAUCUUGUAUGAAGCCAUGGAUAGAGCAAAAGAAGAGAUAUCUCUCAAUAUCGGAGAUGAAAGUGACUUUUAUUGGUGUAUGAUUGAUCGGAUAUGGGAUGAUUACUUGCAUAGUCCUCUCCAUGCUGCUGGUCAGAUGCUAAACCCAAGGAUCUUUUACACAGCUGGAUUCAAGCCUGAUACUGAGAUCAGCAGCGGCAUCGCGGCCUGUACAAUCCAACUGGGCAAGGCUCAUUACAAUGCCAGAAAAGCAUCUGCACAAUUGAAAGUGUAUGAGAAGAAGUUGGGCUAUUUUGACACAGAUCCAGCAAUGCAGCAAAUCAUGGAAUUACCACAAGUUCAAUGGUGGUCGACGCACGGGGCUCGCGUGCCCGACCUGCAGACCCUGGCGAGGCGCGUCCUGAGCCAGACGUGCUUCGGCGCCACCAGGUACAACAUCGAUUGUAGCCUGUCUGAGAAGCUGCACGCCGAGUGGGACGAGAUGACGCUGCUCGAGCAGGAGAGGUUCCAGCAGAAGGAGUACGUCCACUACAACAGCGUCCUCGCGCGCGCCUCCCCGCUCCUGCACGGCUCCUCCUUGAAGCAGCACAACAGGGUCACCUUGGUGCUGACUGGAUCAGGCCGCAGAAACAAGCCGCUGGGCCGCCACUGACUGAGUGACGGCCUUGAGUUGUGCCUGGAGCGAUGCUUUCGCCUCUCCUCCGUUCUGUUAUGUGUAUGUGUGUGUAUGCUGCUGUAAUGGUGUGCAGCAGUAAUCUGUCGGAUGCUCACUAGUGGCAUUCCCUUUGGUACUGUCGUGGUCUGCUGAAUCUCCAUGGUUUUUUAUUUCUUGAACUCCUGCUGGAACCAAGUUUGUUAUGCUGUUGAAACCCUGCUGAAUUUCCAAGUCAUUGUCUGUAUGUGUGGAGAAACCCUGAUGAAUUUCCAAGUUAUUAUAACUAUGUUUGGAAAA